AUGGCGACACAACCAUCUGCAACAAAUGUUCAGACGAUGAGGAAGAAGAAAAAGAAAGGAAAAGUAAAAUGGAGCAAUCUUUACACGUUUUCUUGUUUAAGGUCACCACCUCCGGUGAACCAAUCGGAUUUCGGCCAGCCUGGGUUCUCCAGAGUCGUUUUCUGUAACGAUUCAGGGAUGCACAGAACAAAACCAUAUAAGUAUCCCAUCAACGAUGUCUCCACAACAAAGUAUAAUGUGGUGACGUUUCUUCCCAAGUCGUUGUUUGAGCAGUUCCGUAGGGUGGCAAAUCUAUAUUUCUUUAUGCUGAAAGAGGGCGUAGAGGAUUGGCAUCGGUUCUUGCAGGAUUUGGAGGUGAAUUCGAGGAAAGUGAAAGUUCAUAUUGGAAAUGGAUCGUUUCUUGACAGACCAUGGAAGGUGCUACGAGUGGGGGAUGUUGUGAAGGUGAGCAAGAAUGAGUAUUUUCCAUGUGAUCUUCUGUUAUUAUCUUCUAGCUAUGAAGACGGUGUUUGCUAUGUUGAGACUAUGAAUUUAGAUGGAGAAACCAAUCUGAAAAUCAAACGUUGCUUGGAAUGUACUCUGGGUUUUGAUGAAGAACUGAAGUUUGAUAAGUUUAAAGCCACGAUUCGGUGUGAAGAUCCGAAUUCGAGUCUCUACACUUUUGUUGCAAAUUUGGAGUUUGGAGACGAAGAUGAAGAUACGUUGAUUUCUUCAUACCCUUUAUCCCCUUCGCAGCUCCUUCUUCGAGAUUCAAAGCUACAAAAUACGGAUUAUGUCUACGGAGUUGUGGUAUUUACCGGAAGAGAUACGAAAGUGGUUCGAAAUUCUUUGAAAUCGCCUUCGAAACGUAGCAGAGUAGAAAAAAAGAUGGAUCAUGUAAUUUAUGUUCUGUUCUUCAUGUUGCUUCUAAUAUCUUUAAUCACCUCCAUUGGUUCUGCUCGAUAUACAGACAGAAAACAUACAGCUAAAGAAUGGUGGUACCUUCAGUUACUCGAAGAUACAGAUGCGUCUUUUGAUCCUAACAAACCACUCAUUUCUGGGUUUCUUCAGUUCCUGAGAGCACUCAUAUUGUACGGUUACUUGAUCCCAAUCUCCCUUUACGUCUCCAUUGAAGUAGUCAAGUUCUUACAAGCAAUGCUCAUAAACAAUGACCUCCAACUGUUCGAUGAAAUGUCUGGGAAAUCAGUUGAAGCCCGGACUUCAAAUUUGAAUGAGGAACUUGGUCAGGUUGAGAUGAUUUUGUCUGAUAAAACGGGGACUUUAACAUGUAACCAAAUGGAGUUCAGGAAGUGCUCCAUUGAAGGAAUUUCUUAUGGUGGUGAUGUAAAUGCCAUUGUUCGUGCUGCUUCUCACAGAAUGAAUAUUAACAUCGAGAGCUAUCGUUUCAAUAUAGAUGCUGAGGAUUCCACGCCUCGUGAUAGUAUUGAGAUGCACGAAAUUUGUACCGAUCAAGAUAAUGAAGUACACAACAGUGUCUUGGAUGAUGCAAAAACUACGAGAAAUCUUGGUAUAAAAGGUUUUAAUUUUAGAGAUGAUAGAUUGAUGAACAAAAUGUGGGUUCAUGGAUCCAAUGUCUGGGAUAUGAUGAUGUUCUUCAGAGUCAUGGCUUUAUGUCAUACAGGUAUACCAGUCGAAAAUGGAGAAGAAACAGGAAGCCAUAAACUCAAAUAUGAAGCAGAAUCCCCCGAAGAAGUGACCUUUCUGAUUGCAGCCCAAGAGUUUGGCUUCCAGUUUUGCAAAAGAACUCAGUCUUCAAUGUUUGUUAAAGAGAUUGAUUCUUCUUCAGAGGAGGUCGAAAGGGAAUACAAGCUAUUGAACUUAUUAGAAUUCAGCAGCUCAAGAAAGAGGAUGUCAGUGAUAGUUCGUGAUGAAGUUGGUCAGAUUUUCCUAUUUUGCAAAGGCGCUGACAACAUCAUCUUUGAUAGGCUAGGUGAUAGUGGUAGGACAUAUCAACAUGCUACAACCAUGCACCUUGCAAACUAUGCAGAAGAUGGGUUGAGGACAAUGGCGUUUGCUUAUCGAAAGAUUAAAGAUUUGGAGUAUGAAGAAUGGAGCUCAACAUUUGCUAAAGCAAAGGCAACAAUCGGGUCUGAAAGAGAGGAGUUGCUAGAGAAUGUAUCUGAAAUCAUCGAGAAAGAUUUGAUGUUGUUAGGUGCUGUAGCUGUUGAUGAUAAGUUACAAGAUGGGGUUGCAGAAUGCAUAGAUAAACUCGCUCAAGCUGGACUCAAGAUAUGGCUACUUACUGGAGACAAAAAGGAGACUGCAGUUAAUAUUGGAUUUGCUUGUAGUUUGCUUAGGCAUGAUAUGAAGCAGUUUCAUCUGAGUUUGAGCAGGGACGCCGAAUCGAAAAAUCAACCAAAGGCUAUGAAUGAUGAGAUAUUAAAUCAAAUCGAGGCUUCUUAUCAAGUUACAGUAAACGAAAAAACCAAGGAUGAUCCUUUUGCUCUUGUGGUGGAUGGAAAAGCCCUUGAAAUUGCUUUGGGGGAUGAGAUAAGAGACGAUUUCUUGCAAUUGGCAGUUAAUUGUUCCUCUGUUAUAUGUUGUCGUGUCUCUCCUAAACAGAAAGCCUUGAUUACUCGAUUAGUGAAGAAAUAUACCGGCAAGAUGACGUUGGCGAUUGGAGAUGGAGCAAACGAUGUUGGUAUGAUUCAAGCAGCUGAUAUCGGCAUUGGGAUUAGUGGUAUGGAAGGAAUGCAGGCUGUGAUGGCAAGUGAUUUCUCAAUGCCCCAAUUUCGAUUCCUCGAACGGUUGUUAAUAGUGCAUGGGCAUUGGUGUUACAAGAGAAUCUCAAAAAUGAUUUUGUAUUUCGUAUACAAGAACAUUGUAUUUGGGCUUACGUUAUUCUACUAUGAACUCUAUUCCAAAUUCUCGGGGGACGUGUUAUAUGACGGAUGGUAUAUGCUUAUGUUCAAUCUCUUUCUCACAUCCCUUCCAGUCAUAUCGUUAGGCGUCCUGGAACAAGAUGUUUCCUCAGAUAUUUGCCUUGAGUUUCCGGCCCUUUAUCAACAAGGACAAAAGGGUAUUUUCUUUAGUUGGAAGAGAAUCUUGGGGUGGAUGGGAAACGGAUUACUUACAUCUGUCACCAUAUUCAUCCUAAACGUCAACAUUCUAUCCUCCUCAACCUUCCGACAAGGGGGAGAAGUCAUAGACAUCUCCCAUUUAGGAGUGAUCACAUACACCAUCGUCAUAUGGACUGUAAACUGUCAGAUUGCUCUGAUCAUCACUCACUUUACAUGGAUCCAACAUAUCUUCAUUUGGGGAAGCAUCUUGUGUUGGUAUAUUUUCUUACUCUUCUAUGGUGCUCUUCCACCUGUAUACUCCGGCCGGGAAUUCAAACUCCUGAUUGAAGCCGUGGGACCCGCACCCGUGUACUGGAUUGUCACGUUGUUAGUUGUAGUCGUUGCUCUUCUUCCCUACUUCAUUUACAUGGUCAUCAUGAGGUCGUUUUAUCCAAUGGAUGAUCAUGUCAUCCAAGAAAUGAAAUAUGGAAGGAAAGUUGUUGUAGAUGAUGAGAUGUGGUUGAGAGAGAAGCAAAGUUCCAGGAAGGUGACCCAUAUUGGGUUUUCAGCCAGAGUCGAUGCCAAGAUCCUCUAUUUAAAGGAUCAACUACACAAGAAAAGAAUGUUCAUUAUUAAAUCCAUCACGAAUAGUCCUAUUCGUCGAUCCAUAACCAUUAAUUCAUUAGAAAAUAGAGAUUCAUCAUAAUACCAACUAUGAUUCUUGCACACACUUGUUUCUCAGUUGUCCAAAGGCAUUAUAAAGAGUAAAUUUAUACAUA